AUGGCGGCCACCCUCUUCUCCACCGCGCUCUCGCACCACUUCAUCCCGCUCCCCUCCGCCGCCAGGCCCGCCGCCGCCUCGGCCGCCUCCUUCGCCUGCGGCCCGCUGCGCGCCGUGUCGGCGCUGCUGGCGCCGCGGAGGCGGCUCCUGCUGCCCGUGGCCGUGGCCGUGUCGUCCGAGUUCGGGACGGAGGACGCCGAGGAGGAGCAGAGCGAGGGCGAGGGCGGUGGCGACUCCGAGGCCGAGUACUCCGAGGACCUCAAGGUCUUCGUCGGCAACCUCCCCUUCACCGUCGACAGCGCGCAGCUCGCCGGGCUCUUCGAGCAGGCUGGCUCCGUCGAGAUGGUCGAGGUUGUAUACGAUAGAAUGACCGGACGGAGCCGUGGAUUUGGAUUCGUCACAAUGGGUUCAGCUGAGGAAGUUGCUGCCGCCGUCGAGCAAUUCAAUGGCUAUACGUUCCAAGGAAGACCUCUCAGGGUUAACUCUGGACCACCACCACCCAGAGAUGAAUUCGCACCCAGAACACCGAGGACCAUGGGUGGUGGUGGCGGCGGCGGCAGCUUUGAUUCAGCCAACAAGCUCUACGUCGGAAACCUAUCCUGGGGCGUCGACAACUCAACGCUCGAGAACCUGUUCAGCGAACAAGGAAAGGUGCUUGAUGCCAAGGUCAUCUAUGACCGUGACAGCGGCAGGUCGAGGGGUUUCGGUUUCGUCACCUAUGGCUCUGCUGACGAGGUCAACAAUGCGAUCUCAAACCUCGACGGCGUGGACCUCGAUGGCAGGCAGAUCCGGGUUACCGUCGCAGAGUCGAAGCCGAGGGAGCAAAGGCGGUUUUAA